AUGUCCAUGCAGCUGCUCUCUGUCGACGUGGACGAGCAAUUGACUGUGAACCCCGAGGCAGUUCGGUUCCUCAACGAAAGCUACGACGCGCUGACCGUCCUCUCCUUUCACGGCACCAAGAACUCUGGCAAGUCGGCACUGCUUCGUGAAAUCCUCCAAGCGAGUGAACCAACCGAGGGUGAACAGUCCGAUGGUGCCACGCAUCCUGCAGAUGUCGCGGCGCCGCCUGCAGACAUUUCCGGGGUGUGGAUGUAUGUUCAGGAGACGACAUAUGCUCAUGCCAAGCGGGUCGUCUACCUAGACGUCCAGUGUUACGGGGACAACGAAGGCCUUGACGCGCGUUUGUUCGGCAUCGUGUCUUUUCUCAGCAGCAACGUGAUUCAUGGCUCCGUGGGGCACAUCAACGAGCAUGUGUUUGACGAGAUGAACUUUUUGCAGUCGGCCGUACACGUCCUUGGUGACAGACCAGGCUUGCUGCCGGCGCUGACGUGGAUUGUUCGCGACUUGUCUUCCAAGGACGUGAAAGCGGCGGUGCCCUCUGCCGACCCCGCGUCGGACAUCGAUCAGCAGUACCUCGAGGCGGUGCUGAAUCCAAAGUCGAGUCCGUUCACGUCGAGCCUGUCGUGGCAAAUCCUCACAUCCUUCUUCCCCAAGCGCAUCGGCGCCAUCCUGCCGCCAACUUCAAGCCCCGCCUACUCGAAGAAGGUUCUUCGCGUGCGCAAGAGCUUGGUCGAACCCAGCCACGUCAAGGAGGUGCGAGGGGUCGCCCUUCACGGCUCCAUCUUUUGCCACGUCAUGGCCCUGCUCUGUGCUAGCCCUAGCAACAUCACGUCCGAGGUGUGGGGGCCAAAAUGGGACGACGUGCUACGGUCAGACAUGCUGCACUUGGUCGAGGUCGCAUUUGACGUGUAUAAAAGUACGGUGGAUACAUCCAUCUGUCAUGAUGGCCACACAUCACCUCCACACCAUGACGACAGGAUCGAGUUUCCAUGCGACGAGGGGGACGUGAAAACUCUGCAUGUGGCGGGGAAAGCGGCGGCGCAACCGUUCUUGGCCAAAGCGGGCGCGUUGGGCGACGACCUGGCGGCUCUGGCCGCUCGUUUGUUUCACGAGUUGAGCGCUGCCCACGUGGCUAAAUGGAUGGACGAGAACGACCGGGCUUCGUCAGCCCAGUGCCUGUCGGUGCUUCAACGUCUGCACACGGACAUCGAGCACCUCAUCAAAGCCAAGCUGCAGCCCCAGGACGACAACAACCCCCUUCGCCUCGUCGACUUUAAGGCGAUUCUACGAGCAUACCAACACAGCGUGCAGAACAUGGUCGUCGAGUAUGCGUCCGAAGCCGUGGGGCCGCAAAAGAUGGCGGCGCUGAGUCAGUUUUUUUCGACGGUCGUCCCGCGCUUUAUCGAGUACUUGGUGCACCUGGGCGACCAAACCAUGCAUCGGCAGACGGCGCUGGUCGAGCAAGUGGUUGUGGACGGGGAAGCGACCCUGGCGGACGCUGUGCAGGCCAAGGCGGCAGCGAUGGAGGCGAUCAAGAGUUCACAGCGCCAAGUGCAGGCGAAACUCGUGGCCAACUUGCACCUGGAAACACGUAUCAAACAAGUGCUGCAAGACGCGGUGGACGAUGUCACAGAUUUGCAUGACCAGGCCAAGGUCCAAGGCGAGUCGCUGGAAACGCAAGCGUUCAACAACGUCCGCACCAUCGUCGCAUGCAUGCUGGUCGAAACUGUGACAGGGACAAUCGUAGGUCGAGCGGACGGCGGAGCGCGUGCUGGAGGUGAGCCAGGCGACCCAGGAAGACGAACGAGCGUUGGAAGGGUACCUGAUCAAACAAGGCGGCGGCGGGGUAUUUGGGCGCAAGAACUGGAAGCAGCGGUACUUUUUGCUGCACAAGAACAUCCUGUCGUACGCCAAGACCAAGGACGACUACGAGCGCGGCAAGAUCCUCAAGGAGUUUUCGAUCGUCGGCAGUGUGAUCAAGGACUCUGCAGACGCCGGCGAAGGGUUCGAAGUGUGGCCGCCGUCCACGGGCCAGGCAGUGUACGAUUACAAGCAAGGGCUGUUUGGGUCCGACCCGACGCUCGGCCGUCGCAAGGUAGAUGGCGACAGCGAGCGCAUCUUUUACCUGCGCGCGUCGACGAUGGAAGUCAAGGAGCAAUGGGUCGAACGUCUGCGCCGCGCGGUCAUACUGGCGACUCGUGCAAAGUAA